GAUGCAAAGAAAGAAGUAAUUUUUGAAAGUUUCUCUCUGAUACUUCAUUUGCAAUUAAAAUGGUUUGAAUAUGAUAUGCAAAGAGAUAUCAUGAUUAAAUUUACUAUAGAAAUUGAUUUACAAAGAUAUUUAUCACUAGACACAGAUAAAUCACAAUCUUCUAAAUAUUUACUUCACGG